GACAACGUGCUUGGUGACAGAAUAUGAACGUGUGCCUUAAGUGAAGUCCUCAGGGGUGUGAGCAGAGCAUGAGUCAGUGCUGCAGGGCAGGGUGAGAGGCUGUGAAGAGCGUGGACGCGUGCACCUCCUUGUUCUCCAUCCGAGAGGGAGGUUUAGGGUGAAGGGAAGGUCAAGAAGCCCCUUCUUCAUGCUGUCUGCAACUUAGACACAUGCUGAAAUAACUUCAAAGACAGACGCCCAGCAUACACUAGUUGAGGACAGGGGACACGUCUCAUAGGCAGAAAACAACUCCACAGUAAGAUCAACACAGAGAGCCUGCCGCUCAGUGGAUCUUGACUUAACCUGAUAUUCACACUGGAAGGAACACCAAGAGAGGAUCGCCCUGCACCAUGAGACUCACAGUAGUUCUGCUGCUCUGUGGCUGCUGUAUGCUACUUCAACACAACUGUGAAGCCCAAGAUUUAUUUUCCUCAGUAGAAACAUCUCCAACACCCUCAGCCAGUAACUGCACGUGUGAGCUCGGCCAUGGAAAGUGUGCUGAAACCGGUGACUGCAGGUGUGAUCCGGGAUGGGGUGGACCGCGGUGUGAAGACUGUGUGCGAAUGCCAGGAUGUGUCCAUGGCACCUGCUAUCAGCCCUGGCAAUGCACAUGUAUGGACGGGUGGACGGGACGAUUCUGUGAUAAAGAUAUUUACGUGUGCUCCAGAGAGCAGCCGUGUCAGAAUGGGGCUACUUGCGUCUUGAAUGACUCUGGGGAUUACAGCUGUUUAUGUCCUGAAGGCUUUCAUGGGCGGGACUGUGAACUGAAAACUGGACCAUGCCAAAAGACCAAGUCCCCCUGCAAAAAUGGUGGUCUCUGUGAGGAUCUGGGUGGUUAUGCUCCAAAACUGUCUUGUCGAUGCCUGGCUGGCUUCACGGGGCCCCGCUGUGAGACCAACAUGGAUGACUGCCUGAUGCGCCCCUGUGCCAACGGCGCCACCUGUUUGGAUGGCGUGAACCGUUUUUCCUGUCUGUGCCCUGCGGGUUUCACCGGCCGUUUCUGCACCAUAAACCUGGACGAUUGCGCCAGCCAGCCCUGCCUCAACGGAGGACGCUGUAUAGACCGAGUCUCCACCUUCCAGUGCUUCUGCUCUCCAGGGUUCACUGGAAGAACUUGCGAGAUUCCCGUGUGGGAGUCAGGAUCUCAAGCAGUGUCUCCAUUCAGGGGCGAAGGAGACAUAGUUAUGCUGAGCAAACCUGCCCCAGUCAAUCUGUCCCAUGGGACCACUCCUAGUGAGCAUGAAAGACACCGGUUAAAAAUCUCAGUGGUGACUCAGCAUGGGGCAGAAGGGCUGUCAGAGCUGCAGCUCAUCAUCUUGCUGGUUUUGGGGGGCAUGACUUUGGCCAUGGUGGCACUAACAGCUGGUCUGGUGCUGCGCGGACAUUGCCAGGACCGAUCGGCUCGCUGUCAGUGCAGACCAGCCCCCGCUCAUCAUCGCCCAUUCCACCGAUGCCGAACAAACUCUGUGCCUGCACAACAGGAAUGCAAGAUCAGCUUCCUCCAGUCUCCGGCUCCAGCUGAGCUUGAGAAGAAGAGGCUGAACACAGACAUCAUUUAGCCACAGAAAUCAUGCAGCUGCUCUUGUUGAAGUAAAAGACCACUUCUGACCUCUCAAAAGAUAAAGACGGUACUCAUUAAUCUGAGAGUUGGUCGCUAAGAAGCAGGUGGUCAUAUCCAAAGGAUAACACAGAAAUAAAGAACCAAUUAGUUAAUGUUAUUUUAUUAAAGAUGCCACAAGUGAGGCAUGAGCUGCUGAGGGAACAUUAGGUCAGUGAGAGUCAACAUGUAAUCAAUAAUACCUGUAUCUGGUUUUGGAAAAAAUUUUCUAAAGAUAAGAGAUGCUUUUCUGUGUAAUAUUUAAUAUAAAAAUGUACUUACUCUGCCUCCAAAAAAAAAAGCUCUCACCAAGCAUUAUUUUUGCUGGAAACCCUGAACCAUGGAGAGUCAGAAUCUAUUUCCUCCCCCAAUUUUUAGGGGUUUAUUUUUAAUAAGAAAUGAAAACCUUUUUUCUGGUAUUUUAUUUUGGUCUUUAACCUUUUUUCCCUCAAAGGCACCAUAACAGAAAAAUGCUUUCUAGCUAACAGUAAUCAUGUAACUUUGGUCACCAGGUGCUAACAUUUUUAACACUGAAAAAAAGGUUAACAUUACAGUAAGGUUGCUUACAGACAAUAAAAAUUAUUAAAGGGAUAGAUUCUUAACUCAAACCGUUGUAGUCUAUCAGUCUUAUAAUGCCAGUCAAUGGGCUGCAUAUGGCUUUGAGAAUAAAAAAUAAAUAAAAAUACACUGACCAAACCCUGCGCUCUUAAGACACAAAACAACAGGUAUUUAUAUAAUUUUUUGAUGCACCGCAAUGUCCAACUGUCCUGAGUGCAUUCACAACAUCUGGUGCGUGACGUCAAAUAAAUAUGGUUGGGCAAAAAACUCCACGUUGUCCGAUUAUGUUAUCAAAAUCUUCUUCCAUUGUGAUGAUCUGUACUUCUUUAGAUAUAUAAUAAUAUACAAUAUAUAAAAUAUAUUCAGAUCAUUGCAGUGCCAGUGAACACGUCUGCAAUCUCUCUGCACUGUGUAAGUAUAUGCGCGACAGAUCGCUUCUGCACAUCUUCCUAUCAUAGAUAUGUAUAGAGGCCCUUUUCGACCGUUUCAGAUAUGUUGAAGCAUCUGCCAUUUUGAAAUGUAUCAUGGCCCAUAGAAACAAUCACUAAUGAGGCAUCUACUUAUAUCCGUCUACUAUGAAAGAGCACGUACACGCGUCACAUGCCAGAUGUUGUGAACGCACUCAGGAUAGUGGCACAUUGCGGUGCAUCAACGGUAAAAAACGAUAUAAAUACUGUUCAGUUUCUAGCACAGACUGAUCGGUUCAUGUCUUAAGACCUCGACGUAUCGUCACAAGCCGCUGUGUUUAAUUUGGUUUUGUCUGUGAAUAUUUUUUUACUCUCAAGUCCAUGCAGCCCAUUGACUGCCAUUAUAAGACUGAUAGACUGCAACAGUUGAAGUUAAAAAUCUUCGUUUGUGUUCUACUGAAGAAGCAGUCACCUACAUCUUGGCUGUGAACAGAUAAACAUCAGAUUUUCAUUUUUGGCUGAACCAUCCCUUUAAUGUUCAUUUCAACAUUAGUAAUUAAAUUCAAAAUAUCUGUUAAUAUUAUUGAAUAGGCCUAAGCUAACCUGAACUAUAUUUUAACAACAACUAAGAUUAAUAAAUAAAUGUAAAAAAUAUCUCAUUGAUAGUAACUUUUAGUAAAUGCAUUAGGUAUUGUCAACUAAUGGGGUCUUUAGUGUAAGGUUUUACAAAAUAUAAAUAAAAUGAUAAAAAUAAACAAAUCAAGAGAAUUAUUAUAAAGGAAACAGACUUUCUCGGGGCUUCAGGGCUUUCUUGAUUUCCAUUUGGAGAGCACUUUCCAAUACUCAGUCGGCUGAAAAUUGAUCAACUUUAAUCACACGUUACUCUUUCUCAUUUUAAUAUAUUGCAUCAGCAGGGAAUACAGUAUGUCCCAUUAUGAAGGUAAGGUGGGUUGCAGAUGCUGUAUCAUAUUGACUUCAAGGUACACACAGCCGGAGAGCUUCUGUAUUUGUUGAUAUGACGUCUGUACUCAGAGUAAACAGUAGCACUAAUGGACUGCAUGUCAAAUAAAGGGAAGCACUGAACCACUCAAAUAUAUCAAACUUCCAUCGUGUGUUACUUUAGUACUGUAUGUAUACAAUUAAGCCAUAUUACUAAAAGAGCUUUUAAUUUCAGGUUUGUGUGUAGCCAUUUUCGCCAAGUGUUCAAACUGUAAAAUAUUUCAAUGUGAGUAUAUGCUAAGUAAGUUUUAUUCUUUGAGUACUUGCUUUAUGAUUUUUUUUUAAAUGACAAUGCAAUGUUUAACAUAUUUAACAUUACAGUGAUGCUUUUUAAAGCAGUAUAGUGAGAUGAAUUUCAUGCGAUGAUUUUUGUGAUAGAUAAUUAUACAAUAACAACAGUAUCCUUACGUGUAAAUAUAAUUUAUGUAAUUUAUUGUUGAAAUGUAUAUUUGUUUUUUAUUGUAAUGUGUAUUUUUAUACAGAUCCUUGUGUAUUAAAGUUUUUAACU